GUGCGAGAACCCUGGAUUCUAUCUUUAGAGGUCUCUAAGAGUCAAAGCUUUGAACACCCGCCAGGACUAAACGUGGUGGAACUUUCUACAAUUUCUUGUCGACUCUUGUGCUCUGAUGCCCAGGAAGGAAAGUGUGCAAGGAGACGCUGAAGCCCUGCAUUUUGGGGAGGCGCUGGAGUGCAGUGCCGGGAAGGAGAGAGAAGGGUCAGUCGUCUACCCUUUUCUUUACAUUGGCCCCUGUCGAAUAUUAGAGGUAUCUGAACUGGAAGUCGCAGAGAGCAGUACCUGCAACCAACAGAAGAACCGGUGGCGACGGAUUUUCAAGACAAACCACCACCGCUGGGGGCGUAGGUGGCUUUACUCCAAGAGACGAGCGGGGAAAGGGAAGCGUCUGCCGCUCGCCGGAGAGGCGCCCACCCGCGGUGCGCGCACGCGAGGCCUCCCACCGCGCCUGCGCUGCGGUCCGACGCUGGCUCGUCUUUCCCCGACGCCCAGCAGUCCGGGCCGGGGUGAAAAACUGCGUGACACGCAACGAGCGUGGCGGCCAUCUUCAUCUUCUGCGCACGUCAGCUGAGCCGGUUCAGGCCGAAAAGGAGCGUUGCGCAAGCGCGCCCAAGACGGUCCCAGGUAACUCCCAUCUGACGGGCGAGGCGUAGCCGUCGUCGCCGGAAGUUUGGCGUUGCUGCGCCGCGGGAGAGGCGGCGGUGGCGGCAGAAGCAGCUGAGUGUCUCCCGAUACCCGGAUGUGAGGCGGUCUGCUAGCUCUCGUCGGACCCUCGGCCGGGAGCGAGGAAGAUUAACAGCCAAAUACACAGGAAGUUAUUAGAAGCAUCAUUCAUUAGAAGCAUCAUCCAUCAACCUGAAGAAAAAAGUUAUAUGUGAUUUUCAUUUCAGGAAGGUGCUGUGUAAUGUGUUGAAAUUAUAAGGAAUGAUUUUGUCAAAUUUUUAUGAGUUAUGGUGGCUGAAAGAUCAAUUCUUUCUUGUGGGAAAGGAAAUAAAUGGCAGCACAAAAGGAAAUCUAUAUUAAUAGACUAUUUUAUUAAACGGAAGUGGUUAGAUAAGAACUUUAAACGAACAGACUCAACAAACAAGGAAAGAAACGUGUUAACUGUAAGACAUGUUUCCAGUGAAUCAAAGUCCAAUAACUGUAGACUUCAGAAGAAAAAAGUUUUCAAAAACUUUGUCAAAACAGACAGGUCAGUGAUAAAUAACUCCUCCAGUAAUAGGGCUAGGCCUGAAAACUGAUAUUAAUUGAAUAAAAUUAACAAAAUAGGUCAAACUUGAAUAAAAAUUUUUUCAUAAAAAGUUCUGAAAAUAUCAGAUUAGAUUUAAAUUUUCCUCAAAUUUCUAUUGCCUCGUCCAAAGUAAAGCAAAUAUCUUUCAGCCUUCAUGCCAGCUUUUCUCAUGCCGUAAGGAUGACAGAAAUCUUAGCAAACUAGUAUUUUUGUUGAAAAUGUUUAUCAGUAUCAGUUGAUUUUUAAGACCUGCUGCUCAGUAAUAAUACUAGACAUUCAACAUUUACAACUACCAGGACACAAAAAUCUCAAAAACUACUCAGAAAAGGAGGACCUUACUCAGGAAUGAUGUCCAUUCAGGAGAAAUCAAAAGAAAAUUCCUCCAGUGUUAUUAAAAAGAGUGAAGAUAAGAAUCUAGAAACACAAAUUCAAGGUUCUCAAAAGAAUCUAGUAAAAAAAUCAGGUUCAAAGGAAGCUAUGAAAUCACUGGUUAAAUCUUCCAAUGAAAAUAAAGUCAAUCAGCCUGAAUUAGGAACAUGCAUGAGCACAAGGUCAGCAUCCAGUGAUAAAAAAGCUAGUAAACCUAUUAAUGAAAAUAUGGUGACUGUAAAGGGACAUUCACAACAAGAAUCUACAAAGCAGAAGAAAUUAUCUCAGAAAAAGUCAGUGCACAAAACCCCUAAAUCAGAUGAACAGCUUAAUCGGAGAUCACAAAGACUACAACAGUUAACAGAGGUUUCAACAAGGUCUCUGCGUAAUAGAGACAUUCAGGGUCAAGUUCAAGCAGUUAAACAGAGUUUGCCACCAACAAAAAAAGAGCACCGUAGCAAUACUAAGAGUAAAUCUAAUAAAAAAACAAAUCAGAAACAUGUGAAAAGAAAAGUACUGGAAAUAAAGUCUGAUUCUAAAGAGGAUGAAAAUUCUGUAACUAAUGAAGUAAUAAAUUCCCCAAAAGGAAAAAAACGCAAAGUAGAGCAUCAGACAGCUUAUACUUGUAGUUCUCAGUGCAUAAAAGGAUCUGAAAAGUGUCUUCAGAAGAAUACUAGAAAAGAGGAAACAAAAUCUGUGCCUGUAACUUCUUCUGAGAUAAAAAGAUCAAAAAUGGCUACUUCAUUGGUCUCUAAAAAGAAUGAGAUGAAGAAGUCAGUUCAUACACAAGUGAAUGCUAGUGCAAAAUCCCAAAAAAGUCCACAGCCAUCAGUGCCUGAACAAAGUAUAGAUAAUGAGCUGGAGCAAGCAGGAAAGAGCAAACGAGGGAGCAUUCUCCAGCUCUGUGAAGAAAUUGCUGGUGAAAUUGAGUCAGAUACUGUAGAGGUAAAAAAGGAAUCUUCACAAAUGGAAAAUGUAAAGGAAGAGAAGCCUACAGAAAUAAAAUUGGAAGAGACUGAUACUGAAAGACAAAUACUUCAUCAGAAGGAAACAAGUCAGGAUGUUCAGUGUAAUCGUUUCUUCCCCAGUAGAAAAACAAAGCCUGUGAAAUGUAUUCUAAAUGGAAUAAACAAUUCAACUAAAAAGAACUCCAACUGGACUAAAAUUAAGCUCUCAAAAUUUAACUCUGUGCAGCAGAAUAAAUUAGACUCUCAAUUUUCCCCUAAAUUGUGCUUAUUACGACCCAGUUUUUCACUGCCUGCAUUAGAAAUGCAUCAUCCAGUGACUCAAAGUACAUUUUUAGGGUCAAAACCACAUGAUGAUAAAAAUAAAGCUUGCCAGCAGGAAGAAAUGAAAGAAAUUAAUUCUGAAGAAGUUAAACUUAAUGAUAUUACAGUUGACAUUAAUAAAACCCCCAAAAAGCCGCCUGAAAAUUGUUGUUUGGGUAAUCAGAUAAAACCACCUCCUCAUCAGCCAUUGGAUAACCAGAAGAAAGAUUCUUUUGAAUCAACACCAGAUAAGAAUUGCAGCCUAUGUUUGGAAUCUAAGCUUGAAAACAAACCAGUGGAAAAUACCACUACUACUGUUUCAUCUCUGCUCAGUCAAGCAAAAAUUGAUACAGGGGAGAGUAAAUUUCCAGGUUCAGCUCCCAAACAGCACAAUAUACUCACUAACCAAGCAUCUAAGACCAGUGAUAACAGGGAGAUACCACCAAAUCAUUCUUGGCCUAAGUGUAAUUCCCAUUUGGAGAUAACAAUUCCAAAAGAAUUGAAACUAAAAGAAGCAGAGAAAGCUGAUGAAAAACAGUUGAUCAUAGAUGCAGGACAAAAAAGAUUUGGAGCAGUUUCCUGUAAUGUUUGUGGCAUGCUUUACACAGCUUCAAAUCCAGAAGAUGAAACACAGCAUCUGCUCUUCCACAACCAGUUUAUAAGUGCUGUAAAAUAUGUGGGUUGGAAAAAAGAAAGAAUUCUAGCUGAAUAUCCUGAUGGCAGGAUAAUAAUGGUUCUUCCUGAAGACCCAAAGUAUGCCCUGAAAAAGGUUGACGAGAUUAGAGAGAUGGUUGAUAAUGAUUUAGGUUUCCAGCAGGCUCCACUAAUGUGCUAUUCCAGAACAAAAACACUUCUCUUUAUUUCUAAUGACAAAAAAGUAGUUGGUUGCCUAAUUGCAGAACAUAUCCAAUGGGGCUACAGAGUUAUAGAAGAAAAACUUCCAGUUAUCAGGUCAGAAGAAGAAAAAGUCAGAUUUGAAAGGCAAAAAGCCUGGUGCUGCUCAACAUUGCCAGAGCCUGCAAUCUGUGGGAUCAGCCGCAUAUGGGUGUUCAGCAUGAUGCGUCGGAAGAAAAUUGCUUCUCGCAUGAUUGAAUGCCUAAGGAGUAACUUUAUAUAUGGCUCAUACUUGAGUAAAGAAGAAAUUGCUUUCUCAGAUCCUACUCCUGAUGGAAAACUGUUUGCAACACAGUACUGUGGCACUGGUCAGUUUCUGGUAUAUAAUUUUAUUAAUGGACAAAAUAACACCUAAAAUAAAUUCAUGCCUGCAGUCCAGAAGACAUCUACUGAAGAGAAUGGAUUGGUUGCUGACUUUAACCAGGAACUAGGGCCAUUUUUAUUACAAUGAACUCAGGACUGGCAACAACUGUAAGGUUGUUCCAUUUUCAUAAAAUUGGAAAAAAUGCAGUAAUUGCUUAUUGUUGUUUUGUUUUUUAAAGAAGAUAUUUUAUUAUCUUUUACAGAAAUUUAUGAUUGAUGUAUUUUAUCUAUAGUUAUUUAGACAUGUUUACAUGCAGCAGAUAAUUGUUCAUAGUGGACUGAAACUAAUGCAAGGACUAUGGUCUCAGUGAUAAGUAUAUUUUGAAGUUCUUAAUUAUGGAAAUAUACCAGUGUAGCUUGGUACUGUAUUUUUUAUAUUGAUCUGCUGAUACCAGUUAUAGUUUUAAUGGUUGUAUUUUCACAGAAUGGAAACCGAUGUUUUUGCAUUAUUCCUCAAGGAGGGUGUGAUGUUACCUGUUAAGGAACUCAAAGCUAAUUCUUAAAGGGUCUGGUAUAUAAUUUAAAAGAAUCCUCACAAAAAAGCAAAGCCGAACUUUUUCUUCCAUUUCUCUCUUUCCGCUUCUUGACAGCAGCAAAAUGGAAGGUGGAAAGGAAUUGAGGCUUUCCUUCUUGGAGAGCUGUAAGUGACUAGAAUUAGAAUGGUACCCUCUAGUUUAUUUAUUCUUUCAUUCUGGUUUCACUUUUUAAAAUAAAUGGCAACUGGCACACUUCAGCUAUUAACAAUCCCAAAGAGAUUUAUAAAAAACCUGUGGAAUAGUUGCAAGCUAAAUAUGGAGGACUUGGUAUCUGCUUCGUUACUCCUCAGAAAUACUACACUGGGUAUAUGCCCUCAUUAUUGGACUUCAUUUUGAUACUUGUCUAUCCUUCAUAGUGCCCUCUACUUUUAAAGGGUUUAUAUGUUGAAAAACUGCUGUGGCCUUUUAUGACCUGUAUAUAAUGUAGAAUAAAAUAAUAAAAUAC